CAAACAAAUCUAAUACAUAAAUAAAAAAAUAAAAGUCGUGAACGAUUCUACUUAGUUCUGUUUUGUUUUGUUUGCGAGUACGAACAUUAACUAGUGCACAGUCCACCCCUGGGAAGUCACGUGGAUUCUCCUGUAUUCCAGCAACUAGGCAGGCGUAAGUGACUUUUGAAAGCUCGUACUACAGCGGAGUAUAAGUUAGUCAGCGAAGGCGAGCUCGACCAUUCGGAUCUGUCACGGACUGAGACUCGUUUCUAUUUGCUUCGAUUUAUUGGGAUUUUUUUUGAUAAAUAAACGGCCUACAUGUAUCGAAACUACGGGAACUUUAGCCGAGGAACGGAUCAGAACUUCCCCGAUAACAGUUCUGCAUCUGGGUCGAGCUCUGCAAGCGGUACUCAGGCUACCAGCACCGGUUCAACUCAGCAUCCAGAGCCAAAGUACUCGGUGGCGGGAUCCAGUCAUUUUGUCCCCACUCUGAAUGCCGUUACCUCAAGCCAAGACCUACAGUGGCUCGUGCAGCCCUCUGUUUUCCCAAUGCCAGGCCCAUCUAAGCAACCUCCCCGUCACCCUUACCCCCUGCCACCAAGACAUGCAUAUGUGAACCCUCAGCCCACCCAAUCACACCUUCUCCGACCAGGAGUCAUCAGGGCAGUAACCGGCUCAGGAAGCUCCACAAGACGCAGAAAUGAUGACCAUUUAUCUUCAGAAGAACUCGAAAGGCGAAGAAUUAGAAGAGAACGAAAUAAACUAGCUGCUGCUAAAUGCAGGACUCGUCGCCGUGAACUUACCGACUCACUUCAAAAUGAGACUGACGAGUUGGAAGAUAAAAAGUCACACCUGCAGAAAGAGAUCGCUGCGCUACAGAAGGAAAAAGAGAAGCUUGAAAUUGUUCUAGAGGCCCACCGACCCAUCUGCAAAGUUCAGGACUCAGAUUCAGACUCUGACUCCAAUCCUGUUCUUCCUAGCUUGGGAGGAAUUAAAAUUGAGCCAAAAGAUUUGGAACUUCCUGGACCCUCUAGAAAAUGUCAGGUUCCCCCCAAACAGGAAAAACCAAAGCCAAAAAUUACCAUUCCACCACAACCUUCAGCCUCUUCUGGCAGUAUGUAUCAAGAAUCAGAUUCCCUCCACACUCCAGUCCUCAUUUCCACACCUUCGUUCGCAUCUAGCCUAAUGUUCACCUAUCCUACUUCCUCUCUUGACACCAUUGCUACUACUUCACAAACACAGAGCCUUUCUGCCCCCUCCACGACUCAGCAUGGCAUGUCCCAGGCCUCACGCAAUCCAGAGCCAUGUGGUAUUGCCCAUCGGCGUAGCAGCAGCAGUGGGGAUCAGUCAGACCAAUCCCUAAACUCACCAACCAUCCUGACCAUUUAAGCUGUUUUUUCUAAUUGGAAACGAGUGCUCUGAAUGUUCACAGGUGUUUAAUACUGGGUCAGAGAAACACAAGUGUAUUUGUGAAUACACUGAAAUAUUUGUAUACAA